CAGGACUGCUUUUUUGUGGGAAACCGAAACUUUUUUUAAAUACGGAAGAGUAAAUAUAUAGUAGAAAAAAAACAGCCAAGUAGUAUAACCAGUGCAAUUCGAAAGAUUCACACAGGAAAUACAUAUAAAAACAAUGUCUGCGAACGAUAUUCAAUACCUGCGCUCUAAGCUCGCCCAGUACCCUGAUUUCCCCAAGAAGGGAAUUCUGUUUGAGGAUAUUCUCCCCAUCUUCAGAGACCCCAAGGCUUUCCAGAUCUUAAUCGACUCGUUGGUUUCUUUGAUCAAGGAAAAGUUUGAGAAUGUCGACGUAAUUGUCGGUUUGGAGGCUCGCGGAUUCUUGUUCGCCCCUACUUUGGCUCUUGCUCUUGGCUGCUCUUUCGUCCCCGUUCGUAAGCCCAGCAAGCUUCCCGGUGAGGUCGUUGAGGUUUCAUACAAGAAGGAGUACGAGACUGACAGCUUCGCCAUGCAAAAGGACUCUAUCAAGCCCGGUCAGCGUAUUGUCGUCAUCGAUGACAUUCUCGCUACUGGCGGUACUGCCUUGGCUGCCGAUCAAUUGAUUGAGAAGCUCGACGGUAAGUUGCUCGGACACGUCUUCCUUAUGGAGCUUGAUUUCUUGAAGGCUCGUGACAGACUCCAAGCUCCUACUUACAACCUCUUGAACGGCCAAGCUGAGGCUCCUGAGGGCAGCGAGUGGGCUUAAAAACGGUUCGGAAAGUUUUGUAAAAUAACUCCAUCAAUCAGUUUCGUGUGGGUAUUGUAUGUUGGAGCAUUUAAACAGCGGAAAUACAAACAAUUGUACGCA